CGCUGCUCAUUGUGCAGCCGAGGAAACAUCGCAAGCUUCCGACGACGUCGGUAUGAAAUGGCAGAAACUGCUUGUGUCACGGAAGCACAAAGAUUAGGUUACGCUGGGAGCUACACAUGUAUUUUGCGGUGAUCCCGGCCUGCUAGUGUGAGGGGGAAACGGAAGUAUAUCCGGAGGAAGGAAAAAAAGAGGGAUUAAAGUGUCGUUUUUCUCCCAGAACGGACGGGUUGUGUCUCCAACGGGCGGCGAGCGGCGACUGCGGGUCGAAACCGUUGGAAUUAACCGGAGAGGGGUCUUGAGAGGUGAGCUCCACUUGGAUGCCCAGUCACAGUGUUUGUCCACGGCCUUCACCAUGAACCGGAACAAGCGUGAAAAGGAGUACUACAGUAUAGAUGUGGGCGAUUCAACUUUUAUGGUUUUAAAGCGCUACCAGAACCUCAGACCUAUCGGAUCGGGAGCACAGGGAAUUGUCUGUUCAGCGUAUGACCACAACUUGGAGAGGAACGUUGCCAUCAAGAAGCUGAGCCGGCCCUUUCAGAAUCAAACUCACGCAAAACGGGCCUACAGGGAACUGGUGCUCAUGAAAUGUGUCAACCACAAGAACAUAAUCGGCCUAUUAAACGUGUUCACACCGCAGAAGACACUGGAAGAAUUCCAAGAUGUGUAUUUAGUGAUGGAGCUGAUGGAUGCCAACCUCUGCCAGGUGAUUCAGAUGGAGCUGGACCAUGAGAGACUGUCCUACCUACUCUACCAGAUGCUGUGCGGAAUCAAACACCUACACGCCGCAGGCAUCAUACACAGGGAUCUGAAGCCCAGUAACAUUGUGGUGAAGUCUGACUGCACUCUAAAGAUCCUGGACUUCGGCCUGGCCAGGACGGCCGCCACUGGUCUCCUCAUGACGCCCUACGUGGUCACCCGCUACUACCGCGCGCCUGAGGUCAUCCUGGGCAUGGGCUACCAGGCCAACGUGGAUAUUUGGGCUGUGGGCUGCAUUAUGGCAGAAAUGGUUCGCCACAAAAUCCUUUUUCCAGGAAGGGAUUAUAUCGACCAGUGGAAUAAGGUGAUCGAGCAGCUGGGGACACCAUCUCAGGAGUUCCUGAUGAAACUCAACCAGUCAGUGAGGACUUACGUGGAGAACCGGCCACGAUACGCCGGCUACAGCUUUGAGAAGCUCUUCCCUGACGUCCUGUUUCCUGCAGACUCUGAACACAACAAACUGAAAGCGAGUCAAGCCCGAGACCUACUAUCCAAGAUGCUGGUAAUCGAUGCUUCAAAACGGAUCUCAGUGGACGAGGCUCUCCAGCACCCGUACAUCAACGUGUGGUACGACCCUACUGAAGUGGAGGCGCCACCACCAGUGAUCACAGACAAGCAGCUGGAUGAGAGGGAGCACACAGUGGAGGAGUGGAAAGAGUUGAUAUAUAAAGAAGUGUUGGACUGGGAAGAAAGGACAAAGAACGGCGUCAUCAGGGGACAGCCAGCGUCCAUAGGUGCAGCAGUGAGCAGCAGCCCCCACCAGCACCACCAGCACCACCCCUCCACGUCCUCCUCCGCCUCCGCCACCGAUGUCUCCUCCAUGUCCACUGACCCGACUCUGACUGACACCGACAGCAGCCUGGAGACGGCCAGCAACGCCGCCAACGCCGCCGCCGCCGCCGCCGCUGCUGCUGCUGCUGCUACGGCCACAGGUCCCCUGGGCUGCUGCAGAUGACUAUCAUCUACACCUCCUCCUGGUUCUGGUUCUGGUCCUGGGGCUGGGCCUGGUCCUGAGCUGGGCCACGGCCCCUGGUCACCUCUGAGACCACCAGCCCGACACUGGCUCUCAACCCCCACCCCUCUUGCAUCUGCCUCCUCCCACCUCCUCUGUGUGCUUGUCUUCAGUAGUGUAGCGAUUAGCCAGCUAGCUGUUUGAGAAACAUUUCUGAAAGGACAGAUCUCUUUCUUUUUUUAUGACAGUUAUAGUCUUUUUUUUAAAUUAGGAUUUAUUUUCAUUUGAGUCCUAGCUGUAAUUUAUUGUGGCAUUUCUUAAUUUUUCAGAAACCUAAGAUGAUGAUAAGAGAAUUUUUAUGAUUUCACUAUGUUCCGGUUUGUAUUAACCGACAGUGAGAAUUUAAAGAAAUAUCUGUAAAAUGUUUUAAUGUGAUCUAUUUUUCUGUUGAAAGUCAUUUGUUUUCACUUGCUUUUACAACUUGCCAUAUAAAUGUAGAUUGAGUUUGUACAGAUUUUAUCUUAGAUGUAGUUUUAUCUUCGACAUGAGUUUGCAGUGAGCCAUUGAAACAUAAUUUAAUUGACAAAUGUAUGGUCUUAGUACUCCCCUUACUUGUUUUAUUUCACAUGACAUGGAUAUUGUUUAAAUGCAUAUGACAUAUCCAUUUAUUUUGACCGAGGUCAUUUAGAUUGAUUUGUAAAAAUAUUUUUUUUCUUGUGAGUCACUACUACAGCCUACAUUGUAAAUUUCACCUUAAUGAAAGCUUUAUAAUUUGCUCAUUCUUCACUUCCUGUUCAGUCAAAAUUUCAAAGUACUGAAAGUUUUCUUCCACCAUAUGAGUCAUUUUACGAUCUACACUUAAGCUAUGGGAUUGAUAAUGGCACAGUGAGGUCCCGCAAGAUAACUUGGAACAUUUUGAUGACUGUCUUCUGUAUUUUUAAGUGCUUUAAAGUACCUCUUCUCUUGUCUGCAACAGGCAGUGUGACAUUAUGGAACUGGAGUGGUGGUUUUGCUUUGGAGGACUGGAUGCAUGGAGCUCUUUCACGUUCUCCUCUGGCUUGCUUUGACAGUGAGGUAUUGUUCACGGUUCAGGACUUUAGAAUGUUUUUUGUCGUGCUUGGGGAGGGUUUUUUUUCGAGACGUAGAGUUGUGCGAGGUUGUGAUAUCGGUGACGGUGUAAAGUAGAAUGUGGUUCAGUCAAGUAGGGAAUUGUGUUAUUGAGAACGCACGUGAAUGUGUUGAUGUUCGGUGUCUCGGAGGGAUAGCGAUUCUGCAGCCUGAUGGAACAGUGUGAAAAGAUUUCUGCUUCCUACUACUAGAUCCUGUUAUUAGUAAUGUACUUUUGUGAAUUUGGGAAUUCAAAAGUGAUUUUUUUUUUUUUUUUUUUCUUUUUUGGCCAAACACUUUGCAUACCAGACAUGCCUGGAAUUGUGAAUAAAAGAACCUAAAACUUAGUAUGUUAUAAACAGCAGCACAAACAAGCAGAGUCAAAAGAAACAAAUUAUUCUUACUGUAUGCAAUAAUAGUGCCCUUUUUAAGUGUUUCUGAUUUGUUUUUGAAAGGAAAAGUGCCUGUUGUUUGUCAUUCAUUCCUGAGUACGCUGUGGGAGGAAGUGUAUUCAUUCUGUGUAGAUUUUUAAGGUGUCUGGGUAACAGCAGAAGUGUCCAUAUCAAACCAAUAACGUAUGAUGGGGUUGUAGUUCUCACAAAUGUAUUGUAUAUUUUUCUACUUGUUUUGAUUUUGACCCUUCGGGCAGGAGACUGUGGUGUCUUGCAGGGUAAGAAGAUGAUGAUGUAUGCGGUGAGAUGCUUAAGCAUGUGUUUGAGUCAUUUCAGAAGAAAAGGCAGUUUUAUCAAGGUCUUUCAUCAAAGUAAAAAGAAGUAUUUCUUUGCAGUGACAGCAACCGAAAUAUAGGUUAAUAACAGUUUUUCGGCUUUUUUUGAGUACUAAUUCAAUAUGAUGACUGUGAGAGAGAAACAAGAACUGAAAGUUUUAAAGGUCAGCUACUGGAGCAAACUACGAGUGAACCCUGCGUUAUUGUCAGUAUUUUGUGAAGGGUUUUGGAUAAUAAUUACUGUUAAAAGGCAGACUGACUGCUUUAGUCACAAACACACUUCUGAGAGGCAGAGCCAAACAACCACAGUGUUUCUGGCUAAUUCAUUUUUAAAUUACUAAAAGUUUGAAUUAGACGUAUUAACUUAAAUCUUUCCAGGCAAGUUGUCAUUGAACGUCAUAGUCAUAAAUGAAUAAAACAAAGGAGGUGAUGAUGUUCUGUAUUUUAGUUUACUGUGCCAUCUAUUGAGGUUUCAUGCAGCCAGUCUGCCUGCUAGAAAUGUUUGAAUUAAACCUCCUUUCUGCUAGAGGCAGAGUCUGGAUAUAUUCUGCUCUGUCACGGAUCAUGAGCAGGUGUUGGUGGAUGUUGUCUCAAUGUGUAACACAGACAAUGUGUCUGUCUGGAACCUGUCUUGGUCUUUGACACGGACGUUUAUCUAGUCAGUUCAAAGCAAAGUGGCAAGAAAAGGUUGUCUUCAGACUGAAGCACACGUUGCAGCUCUGUGCUGAGCUCUGCUUAGGCAACUUAUUAUUGUCUGCCAGAUAUGUGGGACUAAACUCUGUUUCAGGUUCUGGACUUGCACCAGCUAUUCGUAGAUCCAUUACGAAGUGUGUCUGUCCUUCUUAAGUCCUUAACACACUAGUCAUUUACAAAAUCAAGUUGCACCUUUUACAACUUGUCUUUGCCCAUAAAAGAAACUGCUAGUGCUUUGUAAAUGUAGAUAUUACUUUUUAUUUAUAUAUGCAUAUUUGAAGUAUGCAUGUUUCAGAAUUGAUUAGUAGUGUAGGAUAAGUGGGAAAUAUCUUUUUAACCCAGUUAGUUUUAUUUGGUCACUUAGUCUAACAUUAUUUGCGACAAAAGUUUCCCAGUUUAUAUCAUUAUUAAACAGCAUUUUAUCAAAUGUCAGACAGGAACAUCAACCAUAUCAAUUACCUCUUUUACUCUUCAGUGUAAACGGGUAAUCAUAAAAGGCAAACAGUUAGUUUUAUCACUAGCUAGUCAACAGUCUAUAUUUAUUACAUAUGCAAGCUAACGUUAGCUUUAUCAGUUAGGUAACAAGUUCAUGUAUUAGCAAGCUAAUGUUAUCUCGGUCAGUUACAGUAGCAUGAUAACAAUUUAUGUUUGUAAGCUAAUGUUAGCUCUGUCAGUUAAAGUAGCUUCAUAUCAGUUAAUAUAUUAGCAAGCUAAUGUUAGCAUUAGCAGUUAGCUACACAACUGUUAAACCUGGCAGUUGCUGGGUUUGAAUAUGUACUAAUGAUUUUUCUAAAAUUUUUUGUGGUGCAACCCUUUUUUAUUCUUUGAUGUGUCAACCUCCAUUUUGUAAACUUGGUAUACUUCAUAACUGGGCUCAUGAACAGCUGGUGCAAAGGCUCCUGCUCUCUUCUCAGUCACCAGAAUUGAAAAAGAAUUUGUUUGGUAGUUAUUGAACAUUAGGGGUUUGCUAGCAAGGUGCAGUGCUAGCAGCUGUAGAGCCUUGUUAAUACAGUGCAACAAUAAUGACAGUCUGCAGUCAGUUAUUGUAAAUUACAGCAGUAAAAAAAUGAAACUGUCCAGUAGUAAAUGUACAGUAAUAUUUUGACAGAUGAGAAGUAAAAACUAAGACUGAAACAAUGUCACAUCUGUAAGAAGGAAGCAAUAGCAGGGAGAAAAACAGUGACGUAUCCAUUUUUCAUAUUAGCCCAUUUGUCAAAUUUGCAAAAGAGAAUCAAUCAGAAAAAUCACUUUGUCGUCUAAAGUGCUCUUAAUUUUCUAGCCCAACAUUAGGGGCUGUGAUUUGAGUUUUUGUUUCCUUUUGUUUAUCUUCUUUUUCUUCUUAGGUUGUUGUUGCUUUUUUAUUUUAUUUUUUUUUUUAUUACUGCAUCUCUCCAAACAAUGUCAUUCUGAUUUAAGUCGGCUUUGAUGAACUACCUCACGCUGAAUUUCUGCCAGUUCUUGCAUAUAUUUAGUCGCCUGCAGAAUUAGCUAUCGAAGACGUGUGAAUAACAGAUUCCAUUAUUUAUUUAUUUGAAAGUGUACUAUUUGUCGGUUUCAACAGACUUCUAGUUUUGUACAUUAUGUAUACUUCACCUAGAAGUAAGAGAAUUGUUAUAUGUAUUUUUUGUUCUUUUUUUUGUUUGUUUUAUGUUUUUAAACUAAAUGUGCAAUACCUUCAGCAAACUGUGCUAGUAGUAUGUGAUGGGCCUAGCCUUUGUUAGCUGUCUCCUGAAGGUAAAGAAAAUGUUUGGUACUGUCAAUCCAUAUUUUCCUUUUUUAUGAAUAAGAUCGAUUUUUAUUUCUGUGACUUGUUUAUAGUCAUAAUGUUACGUAAUCAGUCUUACCCACCAAACAAAACUGUUGGCCAGGGUUUGGUUUAGAGACAGGAAGUUCUUUGAGUCAGAACAUGGCCGAUAGAUUUUGUUUGCGAUGUAGUAAGGACAAUAAUGUUAAUAAACACAAAAAAGAUGAGUAAAUACCUACAAGAAAUCAUUAUAUGUAUGGUGCUGGUUUGUAAUGUUUGCUAGUGAAUCCAGCCAUGCAAGUAGUUUUAAGAAUUCCUGGAUCUGCGCGUCCCAAAAACCGCAACCAACGAAGAAGUGCACUACUAGAAUACACGCACUGGGAUCUGAUGAUGCCACCUCUUAAAAAAAAAUAUUAAAAAAUAAAAAAACAUGUACUGCAAAUAAAAGAAAUACACUUUGA